AUGCCGGAACACAGUGGUUUAACCCAGGGUAUCAAACGAUCUACAUCAGAGGCAGACCCUGCUCAGUCAGCGCCUUCAAACUCCAAAAGACUCAGAGUCGAUCAGUCACUGGAAACGAGCACGAGACGGGACACAAAGAAACGUAAGAAGAGGAGAAAGAAAGAAUCAGUGGUUGUCAAAAUGGAUCAUCAUAUGCAGGACAGUUCGACGUCUCAGCCUCAGCGGCUGCCAGUGUCGGCUCGCAAUGAAGUUAUUCGAUUUACGUCUGCGCCACCGUCAGGAAGCAAGAGCAGGGUCCCGUCAGACCCUCUUAGUCACGAGAACGAUACCGAAAAUAAAAUUGAGGGGAAAUUACAAUCAGCUACUCUGAAAGGAAACAAUUCAGCUGAAACCGCUAAUCUUAGUGAUACGAAACAGUCUUCAAAUUCGCAAAACCCCUCAGAUGUUGUACCUGAAGACCGGAUCUCGCAACUGACAAAGGAAUUGGCAGUAAAGGGCGAGCUCCUGGCUGCGCAUCAAAGUGUUCUCAACAACAUUUGCCAAGCUCUGACGUGUCAGAUAUGCCUCGACGUGAUGUACAAGCCUUAUGCACUCGCUCCGUGCGGUCACGUGGCUUGCUAUGACUGCCUUGUUCAAUGGUUUAACGCUCCGCCUGCUGAUAAUAGACCUGCCGCACCAGCUAUUGUACGGAAAAAGACAUGCCCACAUUGCCGAGCAGUCGUGCGAGAUCGUCCCGCAGAAAUAUGGACUAUCAAGAAUCUAGCGCACCUCAUAGGGAAGAGCGACCUUGCCAACGUGCCUCCACAUUCCGAGGCGCAAGCUAACGUUGAUCGGCCUGCGGAUGCAGAUCCUUGGGAUGGCAUCUUCAGGAAAUCGGUCCACGGUUUCCUUCCCUGGUUACUUGCAGAAGAUGCUGAUGCUGAACCUCGUCGCGGAGAAGACGUCGGUAUGCUUGAUAUGGAGGACGGAGGGAUAUACCGAUGUCUGGACUGCAUGCAUGAGAUUUGGGAUGGCUUGUGUACGUCAUGCGGUAGGCGGUAUCCUGGCCACGAAGGAAGGGAGGAUUGGCCAGACUAUGAACUCGGUUUGGACUUUGGCGCAGGAGUGGAAGAGUUUGACCCUGAUGAUGAUCCAGGCUGGAUGGGUCUCGAAGAAGGCGAGGGGGAUGACGAAGAUGAUGGUUUAGCGAUUGGUGAUUGGUAUCCAGGUUUGCCGGUAUUCAGUUGGGGCGUUGGCUUCGAUGAAGAGGAUGAUGAUGAAGACGACGAAGACGACGAAGGAGAUGAUGAGGCUUAUGAGAGCGAUUUCAUCGAUGACGAGCACGACAUUGGAAUCCCUCCAGGCCCGAUACGACGGCUGCCGCAUAUACGUGAGCUUUCCGAUGACAGCGAUAAUGAAGACAGCCGUUCGCGCGUAGAUACUGAUCUCCUCUCCGAGGACGACGAGGAAGACCAACCACCACUUGCCAGUAGACUGGGCCGAACAGCACCCAUUGUAGUUUCCUCCGACGAAGAUGAAGAUGAAGAUGAGCCCGACAGCGUUUUUGCUCUGCGUCCCUCGCGUUCGAGACGCGGACGCCUUGUCGAAUCUGAUGAUGAGGUUGAUGUCCUGGGUUCAUCGGACGGCAGUAGCCAGUGACUCGUAAGCAUUAAUAAUAUUUUCCCUACAUAGAAGGCAUCUUCGUUUGAUCGACCUGGUAUGUGAUUUUCUAGUGAGACGCAAACUAUCGCCAGCAAUUUUUUUAU